AUGAUUAGAAUCAUUGUCAAUUGCACUAAUGCUGAAGCUCGUAGAAUAAGACUAGAAUGGGUUGACACGACAGUAAAUGAGCUUUAUGAGUUUAUUGGAGUUCUUCUUUUAGCUGGAGUGUUUCAUUAUAAAAAUCAAAGCAUAAAAGAGCUUUGGAGUAAAUUAGAUGGCAUACCGAUAUUUUCUACUUCAAUGCAAAGAGAUCGCUUUGUUAACUUGCGACGAUGCAUUCGAUUUGAUGAGAAAGAAACAAAAAAUCAAAAACGGUUUGAAGACAAAUUUGCACCUUUAAGAAAUAUAAUGGAAAUGUUUACUACUAAAUGUAAGAGCAACUACAAUCCAAGUGCAUAUCUUACUGUUGAUGAGCAAUUAGUUACAUUUAGGGGACGUUGUCCAUUUAAGAUGUUUAUACCUACUAAGCCAGGAAAGUAUGGAAUGAAGAUAUGGAUAUUAUGUGAUGCUGAAACUUCUUACUGCAUAAAUUUGCAACCGUAUAUUGGUAGAGUAAAUGGAGUACGUGAUGUUGGACAAGGUACACGAGUAGUUCUUGAACUAACUGAUCACUUAAAUGGAAGUGGUAGAGACAUAACAGCUGAUAAUUUUUUUAACAACAUUCAUCUUGCACGUGCAUUGCUAGGACGUAAAAUGACAUACACUGGCACCAUUAAAAAAAAUAAAGGAGAAAUACCAAAAAAGUUAUUGCCAGCCUUCCAUCAACCAGUUUAUUCUAGCAUUUUUGGUUUUCAAAAUGUCUCUACUAUUGUUUCUUAUGUACCUAAGAAAAACAAAGCAGUAAUAUUAUUAUCAACCUUCCAUCACAGUAAUGACAUUGUUAUGGACCAUAAUGAAAAACCGUGUAUUAUUUUCGAUUACAACAAAUAUAAAGGUGGAGUUGACACAUUAGACCAGUUUGAUGCAAAUGACAAUCUUCCACAAAUAGUUGCAAAUAAUAAUCUUCGCCAAGUAAUUGUACAAAAUAACCUAUUAAAUCAAGGUCAACCAAAUCAAGAGCAGCACAUAAAAAAGUGCUAUAUGUGUCCUCGUGUUCAAGACAGAAAAACCCGUCUUCAAUGUGCAUCAUGUAGCCAUUCUGUUUGCAAGGCUCAUAGCAAAAUUGUUUGCAAUAGUUGCCUUAUUUAG